CCUCGCCCCACGCUCCGUCACUCCGAGCAGAAGCACACACACAAAAACCAGGAAGCUUCACUUCAUCCACUCCGGACUUCUACCUCUACAGACUCUCAGUGGCUUUUCUACACACAUUUUAUGUCAUUUGAUUUAUUCAUGAUGAUACAUUUAUCAGUUUUGCAUCUAUUGUCCACACCGCCAUUUUUUCUGGGGCUUUUUUUCAAGAGAAGACUAAUUCCUGCCUUUUUCUGCUAACGUUUUCAGAGACAUUGUAUAUUCAGUUAUUGUUACCAAGGAGACUUUUUGGGGUCAAUUUUAUUUUCUACUUUUGUAUCACGCUUUGUUUUUGCUGUAGGUUUUUACCACAUAGUCAUUUUCUUUGUUCAUCAUUCUACCUCUUCCUGUGCUUUUCCUUUCUUUCUUUCAGACACACAAGUGUUUUUCUUUAAGGGCCAGUUUAACAGUUUUCCUCAGUUUUUGUUCCCGUCUUUAAUUUUUUCUAUUUCUAAAAUUUUAACAAUCCCUGUUGAGGGCGAACCUCAAGGCAAGCUUGGCUGCCAAACUGAAUUACACUUGGCUGUCUUAGUUCUUCUCUAUUUUUUCACAACAUGUGGUCUACGUUUUUUGUGACCGAUGAGGAGGGCCGCACAGUGGGUCCGGCGGCACCAGGAGCUGUAGUUGCACCGGGAGGAGCACCCCAGGGUGCGGGAGGUCUGGGCGGCCUGAUGACUGGACGCAGCACAUUUGGGGGGAACAAGCGCCGCAGGACGACAUCAGCAGGACACGCCAUGAGUGAAGCCCAGGAAGGGAAGAUCAAGCUGGCAUUCUUUGUGGCCAUUGUGGGUGUCGUCCUGACAGUCCUUGGGGUGGGGACAGAGUUCUGGGUGGAGCUGGCACCGCCGAAGAAUUUCUAUAACAACCAGACAUGCCUGACAGCUCACUAUGGCCUGUGGAAGGGCUGCACAAAGACCUUGUGGGUGUCUGAUAUCGACCCAGAGAGAGAGAGCUGCGGACCUGCUGAACUACCCGGAGAAUCAAACUGCACCUACUUCAAGUUUUUCACCACGGGGGAAAAUGCUGUGAUGUUUCAGAAGACUACGCGGAAGAAUCUGAAUGUUGCGGCAGCCAUGUUGGCCCUGUUCAGCCUGUUCCUGAUGGUGAUGGGGGCCAUAUGCAUCACCAUGGCUCUCAGUAAAGAAAUCAUUUUCUUCCUCAAGCCAGCUUCCUUCUGCUUUAUUAUAUCAGGUGUCCUGGUGCUUCUCUCUAUGAUGGUUUUCCACCAAUCCGUCCUGGCCUUCCUGGCCAGCGACCACUCGGUCCCUCUCCACCACGAGCUCUCUUGGUCGGUGUCGUGCAUCGGCUGUGCGGGGGGUGUCCUGAUGGUGGGGGGGAUCCUCUUUCUGCUGCUGGCGCUGCCCUACAGCCCCUGGCAGAGGUGUCUCCCUCAGAAGGACAGCAGCAGCUAGUGGCCCGGAGGUGGUGUUGCACUUCCUCUUCCUUUUCUGUUUGUGAAGAGGGAGGGUGCAGAGGGGCGGGGGUGUUUCCCAAAGACGUCUUAGCAAAGAGAUUGCUUUUUAUGUGAACUUAAAAAGGAUAUCAAGAGCAUGUUCAUGGGAGAGUGAUGAGAGAUUCACUGACAUGCACCUGUCUGUCCUGUCAUUACAAUAUUCUUGUUUAGUAUGAAACACUAUUUUUAAUUAUUGUUUCCAGGGAGUCAUUCUGGAUCCUUGUAUCCAAUAAUUUCACAUAAUAAUGUUGACGUUUAUCCUGUUCCCCGACAUGGAGACAGCUCGGUGCUAAAAGCUGCAAUGCCAAGUUAACAUUAUCCAAUAUGGCGAUCUUAAGGCUCGGAUGUGGUUGGGAAACAGUCCUGUAUUGUCUUACUAUCUGCAGGGUUUGGAGGCAAUUCACUGUUAGUUUAUUCAAUAAAUGAAGUCCUUUUUUUAAAUACUAGGUAUUCCACUUCUUUGAUAUGAACUCAUGGUCAAACAAUAAUGAACAAAAACACUGUUUUAAAUUAAAUGUCAACCGGUUGAAUGUUAUGUUGGUACUCGGCUAACCUGAAUGCUACAGUAACAUGUUUAUGAAUCAUGUCAUAAUGAUACAUAUUUAAAUGUUGACUACUUAAUUUAAUAAACCUUAAUUAAAACUACAGUGAAUUACCUCAACAGUUUAUUGACCUCCAAUCUGAGAACCUCAUUGAAGCAAUAUUAUGUUUGUCCCGUCUGCAGAGCUGCAGAGAUACUGUCUUUGUUGGAUGUUUUGUUGUUCAUCCAUUAACAUUGAGAUAUUACUAGGAAAUACAUUACCCAAAUAGUCAUGUGACAGGGCUCUAAUUUUGUAAUGGUUGUUUCAUGUAUCAUCUAUAUUCAUUGAUUUCAAGCUAUAUAUUUAUUACCUGUGUCUGGAUGAAAACUUGUCUUCAUUAUCAUAUUUCACAUUCAUUGUAUAGUAGAUAAGACAUCCAAUGUAAGAAGAGUACAUAAUGUUUUAAAUUUAUUUUUAAGUUUGGUGCUACACUUUAUAAAUAGUUUGACAAGCAGAUACAACUAGAACACAUUGUAUAGAUUUAUGUAUGGGAUGAGGGUUCAGUGUUAAAUCAGCUAAAAGGGCGAGAAGCAGCAAGUUUUUACCUUCAGUGUUUUUCAUGGAUGAUUUAUGUCAGAACAAAGUGCCUGUGCCUGAAUGGAAGGUGAACCGUCUCUGCUACUUUUAUUUUGAUCUGAAUCGAUUGAAUAUGAAUGACUUCAUUUUAUUAUUAAACAUGACGUGAAUAUUUA